AUGGACGACGUUUACGGCAUUUUAACGAUUAUUCUGCUCUUUUCUUUAGCUACUCCUGCGGAUUUGGCGUGUUUAGCCGGAUGCGCGUGCACAGACGACCACUUGGGAAGGUCUUUACAGUGUAUGGAAGCCCCGAUGGCCCAAAUCCCAGACAACAUCCCUCACGACUUCACCAAAAUCCGAAUCGAAAACUGCCAUUUGACCGAACUCCCGCCCGGCUCCUUCUCCGCCGUCGUCCGUUUGGAAUUUUUAUGGCUCAACUUCAACGAAAUAACUCUGAUGAACGUGAAAAGUCUGGAAGGCCUCGCUAACCUCACGGAGCUACGUUUACAAGGCAACAAGCUAACGUCAAUCCCGUGGACGGCGUUCCAGGACACGCCGAAACUCAAGAUUUUGGAUUUGAAACAUAACCGGCUCGACGUUUUGCCGGAGCACGCGCUGAGAUUCCUCCCGGGACUCACGUAUCUGGACUUAUCGUUCAACAACCUGAACAUAAUCUCCAAAGACGUGUUCCUAAACUGGCCUUUGUACCAGAAGACGGAAAAAACAUGGAGCAAAGAAGGAAUCGUGUCGAACGUCGUUUUAGCUUUGCACGACAAUCCCUGGAAGUGCGACUGUCGUUUGAAAGGAUUCGUCGAAUUCAUCCGCGCCGUCAACCCUCCGAUAAUUUUGAUGAACUCGUAUUUGAUGUGCAAAAGCCCCGAUUCCAAAGUUAGCAAGUUUUUCCACGAAAUCCAGCUGAAGACGUGCGUGAAACCGGACGCUAGCUCUCCGGAUGCUAACGUUACUUUACCGUUGGGGUCGAACGCGACGUUGGAGUGUUUGGUGAAAGCCAGACCGGCGCCGAGCAUCCACUGGACGUACAGCCUCAAGAUGAUCAGAGGGUUUGCGGCGAUGGAAACCCAAAUCGACGAGGACACCUUCAGCUCUCACCUGCUCAUCCCGUCGUUACAUUUAGCCGACCGUGGAGUCUACACCUGCUCCGCUAACAACUUCAUCGGCAACUCCUCUGCUAGCGUCCUGGUUAGCAUUAGCAACCCCAACUCCUCCGCGCCGCUCCCUCCACCCGUCCCGAUCUUAUCCUCCGACGAGAACCCUUACAUCGACAUCCGAAUCGCCAAGCAAACCGUCUACGGGAUAACGCUGGAAUGGUUCGCGGCGACGGAAAACCCGACGGAAACUUGGUACACGAUUCACUUCGGAAAAUAUGACUCGCCAAAAAAGGACAUGACGUACAUCGGACCCGGGAUCAACACGUACUCCGUCGAAAAUCUGCUUCCUGUUACGAAAUACGAAGUUUGCGUCGCCUUGAAGAACCACCCGCCGCGAGAAGGUCAGUGCGUCGUGUUCGUAACCGGGAACGACGUGAGCGAAAUGGAGCAAAGAGAAAGACUGAUUCACAUUAUCGUGCUGGUUUGCGCGAUGGUGCUAGCGGUGCCGGCCGGGAUGUACGCGUGCACUACGGAGUCGAGGAUCGGGUGCGCGGGAAAGUGUUUGGGAUUUUGUAAAAGGAGGAAGAGACACGGAGACAUGCAGGAGAUGGAGCGACAGGGGACGUUCGACAGUCUGCAGGCGGCGAGCAGUGAGACGCUGUGCAGAGACGACAAACCCAAGGACCGGGGCCGAGGGGGCAGCGCGGCGCAGUUAUACUAA